AUGGUGGUGCUUCCCGUGGUGAAGCUAGCAACACUCGCUCUCAAAACCGCGUGCAAACCAAUCGCCAACAGGCUCAAGAAGGAGGCCGGCUACCACCCCAAGUUUCGCAGCGUCAUCAUCGCCAUUGCCCAGGCCAAUCACAGAUUGACGACGAGAGUACAGAGGAGAAUUUACGGUCAUGCCACUGAUGUUGCAAUCCGUCCUUUGAACGAGGAGAAGGCUGUGCAAGCUGCUGCUGAUUUGCUUGGCGAAAUCUUUGUGUUCUCGGUUGCAGGAGCUGCUGUCAUCUUUGAGGUGCAAAGAAGUUCAAGAUCAGAAGCAAGAAAGGAAGAAUUACGUAGACAGGAAAUACAGGCAAUAAAGAUGAUGAAUGAAGAGUUGGCUAGAGAAAUUGAACUUCUUGCACACAAGCUUGAAGAGCUGGAACAACUUUCUAGAGGACGAGGACUACUUGGCACUCUUAACUUCAGACACACUCAUGCCUCUGAAAAUAGAAAAUCCAAUUGA